AUGCCACCCAAAACAUCAAGAGAUAGCUCGAACGAGAGAAACGACAAAGAAGAGCUUCCACAGAGUCUAGGAACUAGAGUCCUACGUAACCGUAAUUCAAAACCAGCAACAUCGCAAGGGCUGCCAUCAUCUUUGAGUAAUCAAUUCUCAGCCACGAACAAAGACACGGGGGCUGGAGGUGACAUCGGUUUAUUCAAGCGUCCUCGAGAAAUCGUAGACCUGGAUCUGGAAACUCGGAAACAGAAACUGAUCAAAACACUACAGAAUGUGGAGAAGGCAGCCGAGAUACCUGACUUUGAAACGCAUCUUAGAGACCAAGCCCGAGCAAAAGAGCUCAAUGAGGACGAUAAAGACGCAAUCAUAGCUGCGGCUAACGAAGCAGUCGGUGGGAGCAACAAGUUCAAAGCUAAUGUACGCUCGAAAGCUCAUGAUAAUCGAUGGAUGGCAACUGCCUUAUACGAAGACUUCCUGUAUUAUCAAACGCCCGAACAUCGGUUGCAGUAUAGGGAGGAAUUCGAUGAAACGAAGCUAAUGAAGGCAAAGCCCAUGAGAAAGGGGCUACCGCCUGCUCUUCUUACAGGGGACGCAAGAUAUGAUAAGAAGCUACGUCCGUUCAUUGAUCUAUUUGAACAGGAUAAUGUCGGAACGACAGAAGAGAUAGACUACGAGAAGAUGGGUCCCGAUAGCUUGCAUGUAAGACUUCCAAGGGCAAGAAGAUUUGCAGUAGGAUUAGGUAGGCCUAGAAACCCACGUCUGCUGUCACCAAUAAGACUAUCUCUGGAUGUUAAGGCGAUAGAGAGGAGAAGAAGGGAGAUAGAAGACGUGGAAGGUGAUCAAUCUCUCACAUACGAAUCCCAUUCCGAGCGGCGAAAACGAGAAUUACAACUUUCACCAUCUCUACCAACAACUCGUGGUUCAAGCAGAACUCAUUUGGAGAGUGGACUGCACAUCGCAGCUGGAGAAACAUCGUUCGACUGGAGAACUUCCUAUGAUGAACGAGGUGCAGUAGCACCCGGCCGCACACUGAUCAUACCAGCAAAGCCCACAUUGGAGCUACAAGGAGACGAGCUCAAUGAGUUCUCGAAGCCACCAAUGACGCCUAUUGAAUACAAUGCAAGUAUUGUCCACCAUCACGUCGAAACCACGCCUUGGGCAGAAGCUACAGACGGUCGUAGAGAACGGGCGAAGGAAGAGACUAUGAACAGGAUGCCAGAAAUUGAUGUCGAAUCCAGUGAUGAAGACUCGAGUGACGACGAAGGUGAUGAGUUCGCGAUCAGCUACCGUCAAUGUAGCAGCCUGGAAGACUGUCCAUGCGGUAGUGAAGAUGAUCAUGGUCCUGUCGGUGGCAGUGGUCAUGGGUACGACAAAGAGGAGAAUAGUAGUCCCGGAGCGCCGCUCAGCAUCGCCGGAGGAGCACUUGAUAACUCGCAAACGACUCAACCCCGCACAGAGAUCAACCCUGAAAUCAAUAUUGAUUUGUAUCAAAACACCCCACCCACUACGAAGACCGCACCGAGAACACAUUCCGGAGCAGAGAAGAUGGCUGGGCCUCCGACAGCAAGACACGAUUACAAAAGUGGUGUAUACAACCGUCAACAACUACGACAAGGACUUAAGUACCUGAGUUUAAGCCAGAAUUCACCUAAGCUGAAGGAACUGCAUGACCGCAUCGACAAAUGGGACAGGGAGCACGCGCCCGACGCGGUGCACAAGUACAUCAUCAAGGACAAGCGUACUGCAGUAUCCUUCAUGACCGACAAGGUUUUCGACGACAAUUGGAUGGCUCAGGUCAAGGCCAAGCUCGAUGAGCAGAAUCCGCGAACCGAAGAAUCUGGAGAGAGAUCAGAUGAGGAAUUCGAAGAAGGGCAAAGACAGAAUUCUGAAGAAGGACAAGGCCAAGACUUCGACCAAGAGCAAGACCCCGACCCAGAAGACGUUGACGAAGAUGAAAUGAACGUUGAUUACGCUUCCGAACAAGGCGAUUCUGGUAAGAACUCGAUGAGUGGUGUUGUAGAAGGAGCAUUCACUAUUUCGACAGAGCAACAAACGACCAACCUUACGACCAUUGCGUCAUCCCACACUUCCAAGACCCCACGAGCGACUAAGUCUGGAGAGAAAGCCACCGGAACUGCUGGGACUGAACACCCGAGGAGGUCAGAGCGCAAUAUCAAAAACGUAACUGUAUCGAAGCAAACAGCUUCAUUGAACAAUCGAUCAGGGAAGACCACAAGCCAGAACACUAGCAAGCAUACACUCCUGAUGGCCGAAACACCGCACGUACCGCUUCUGUUGAAGUUGCGACUUAGUUCAGACAAGCUCCGCCAGGAACAGCUCCGCAACGACGCCGUUGCAAAAUCAAAGCUACCCGAAUCCGACGCGGACAACGCAACUAGCGCUACUGAACAAGUCAUUGUUGGCGAAGCACCUGGCGUCAAUGCACAAGAGACUAGACGUGUGACGCGUGGUAUGCUAGCUUUUGGCAGUACACAGAUGGGCGGUACACAGAUGCUCAUUACACAGAUGGACGGUACACAGAUUAGCGGGAUGCAGGAGGGGGUCAAUCAGAUGGGCACCAUGCCGGUACCGAGGGAUUUCGCUUUGGAUCCUCCAGGACUGAUCCCGCGCUCGCACUUCACCGACCCAGAAGAACGCCGUCAGUACGUGUGGAAUACCCGUCACUUGCGACCAGCGCGCAUGAAGACAACUUCCCCAGCUGCUCUCGCUAAACGUCAACGCGAGGACGCUGCGUUCGAAGCCGCUACGCAGAAGAGGCUCAAGGAAGAACGCGAGGCGCGCGAAGCCAACGAAGAGGAGUUUCGUCGCAGACGGGAAGAAUUCAUCGCCAAGGACAAGAAGGCGCGGAGGUGGGCCAAGGCCAUCGAAGAUGAUAUGGAGUUUUGGUACAAAUCGUCCCUUGCCCGUAAUGUCAAGAACGGAGCAAAUCCCAACCCUGAAGAGCUGGAGCAGCGUCGUAAGCUCAAGCAAGACGGUAUGAUGAGGGGCAUGAAUCCUUUCCCGGGCGUAAAGGGAGAUAUGAUGUCUUCCGAGGAUAAGAACAAGGAGAUAGAAGAGAUGCGGGAGUUCCUGGCACUUCAAGCAGCCAAGGAUAAGAUCCGACCUGCACCUACAGUCACAAGUCGAAUCGAGUCAGAAAACUUUCGGCCUUCGUUCAAGAUGGCGGAUAGAUACAGUAAAUUUAUCGUCAACGGGAACGGUAAAAACCCAGGGUUUCGACCGAUCUUUGAAGAGCAAUUCCGAUGCACAAACAUUCACGACCUCAAGAAGCAAGACUUCCUAGAGAUCGCACAGGAAUUCGAUAGGGCGAAUGCUCCCCUAACCUUGGACGAUCCAGAUAUCGGGACCAAGGCGAGCCAAGCACAGAAGGACGCGCUGCGCGCAGCUGUGGACGCAAGACGGAGGACGAGGCAGGGAGAUACAAAGGCGAAAGGCGGCAAGCGCACGACUUCAGGAAAGAAGAAGGCGACAGGUCAGCGCGCAAAAGCACAGGCACAGAAAACAGGAACGACGUCGGCGCAGCCCAAGAAGGACAAGACCAAUGCACAGAAGGACGAGGCCAGCCCAAGCGACGACGAAAUAGCAGAACAGGACGAUGACGGAGAUGUACGGAUGGCAGAAGACCAGGACGGCGGGGAUGCAACAACAGUAGUCGAUCCAACCGCGGACGCAAUCUCAGGCCUCCAUAGCAAGCGCAAGCGUCGUCCAACAGAGACUCCUGUCGCAAACAAGCGGAUACGUACUACGAGGUCGAAGCCUGUAGGGGAGGGGAAGCAUUCGCCAGAGCCAAAAGAAGACAAACAGGCUGCGGCGGUUUCCACCCGGACUACACGAGCGACGAAGCAAGCACGCGGGCAGAUAAAGACACGCGUAAUCCAAGAGACACCCCCUCUCGACUCCACAAGAUCGAUGGCAAGCCACAAGAACGAUUUGGACGGUGAAUCCGCUGGACCUCAAGAUAUGCUGUCCGCAGGCUCCAUUGGAAGCGACAAGACCCCACUUCGAGGCGAACCUCUUCAGAAAGAUAAGGGAGAGGCAGCUAGGCAAUUCGGAAGCGAGGAUUCCAUGGGUGACCAGGCCUCCAACGAGAGCGAAGAAUUCACUGGUGACGAGGUCGCCUCUGACGACGCUGCAUCUGUAGAGAGCAUCAAAGAAAGCGACUUGAAGAAUAUGUUAUCAAUGAACAACUAUUUCUGCGAGAAUCCCAACUGUCCAUAUGAUGAGGAGGAGGCGCACAACAGAGUGUGCGCAAAGACUGGCAACAUGGGUUCCAGUCGCGACCCCCACUGGAACCCUGAAUUCGAGGGUACACACAAGGUGGAUGGUUUCAUGCGCAUCGACCCAUUAGCGAAAAUGGUUCAGAAAAAGCCGAGCAGCAAUGCUGGGUCGAACAAAGGUGGGAAGGAUGGAAAGCCAGGGAAAAAAAGUGAUAAAACUGGCAAGGCAGAAGCUGAGCACGGGCGCAUCUCUCAACUUGUCCUGGUGACCAGAAAGCGGCGCGAUACAUGGGAUGUACUUCGAAAGCAAUUGGAGUCACACCAAGUUGCGCAAAAGAAAGAAACCAACAUCGAGCAAGACUACUAUGACUACUACACUUUAGAGGCAGAUCAUGCCGCAAAGGUUCAAGCGUACAAGGAUGCGGUCAGUCAGGACAAGAGUGGGAAGAAAGAACCAACGAAAUCAGCUAAGAGAGCAAAGGAUUUAGCAGAGAAGGCUUACAAGAAGGCUGGAAGAAACAUAAGAUCUAAUAAGGAAAAACGUCGUGCAGAGCAUGACUCGAUGAUGGCAGCUCAAGCAGAGCUCGAAGAUUGGCUCUACUACCAGGACAUCUCCAAGCGGCGGAGAAGGCUCCGGCUACUAGAUCCUGUGCAAAGGAAGGCGGUUGAAAAGGAGCGAUUCGAACGGCGUAUUGGAUAUAAGCUUGAGAUAUUAGGCAGCGGCAGCGACGAAGGCCACUUUGACUGGGUACAUUCGUUGCUUGAGUUGUACGACUCGAGAGACAUAGGUGGCAAACGAUACAAGCAAGGUCGACACGACCAUCUUGGAAACCACGUUGAGAGCAGGCAAGAAGGAGCCACGUUACCUGUCGUGGGACCGGGUGAGCUUCACCUGUGGACACCGAAUUACAGGCGUCAGCUUGUUGGCCUGCGUCCUUCUAGACUAAGCGACGACGACGACGACGAUGCCCGGCAGGACCUCGAACCGCAUCGCUUCGAGCUGGAUAAGGUCGCGAUUGAGGACAAGCGGGCAGCGAUUGAGAAGCAGUCCGACACCGAAACGCAGGAGUUGGAGUUUAAUACGCAUGAAGCAAGGCGUCGCCAUGAGGUCGCAAGAUACAAAGACUAUAGGCCUGAUACAUCAGGUGACAGAGUGAUCAAUACUUCGAACGGAGUCGUAGUCGAGAACAGGUGGGGACAAAUACGAACAGAGCGGGGUCUGUUCAUCUCUGCCAAAGAAAGCUCCUGGGAUUGGCGUACCUCAUAUGACUGCCUCGGGCCAGUAACAUCGGGCUGGUUCCCUGAGACCAGUGCAAUCAGGGACGAGGCUCCUGAAGAGUUGAUCAAUCAGGAUGACGACCUUGAGUACAGUGAGAAUGGCGGUGAUGAUGGCGUAAGCAGCGCACCUCAAAUUCCCGCAACAAACGUAGGAGAGGAAGUGCCGAAUGCAAGUGACGAGACAGCGGAGCAGCAUGGAGCCAUUUCGAAGCCACUUGCAGCAGCGCCAAAAGGUGGAGAGCCCGCGAAUGAUAAAGCUGGCUCUGCACAGCCAACAGACAAGAGCCUGAAGAAGAUCAAAGCGAAGAUUGAUUACCCUUACCCUGCCAGAGAGUUCCAUACAGGGAAAAAGCCUUCAAGGCUGAUUAUUCGUAAGUGGUUCACCACAGAGUGGGCGGAAGAAACGACUGGUCGCCGGGAACGUCACACAUAUCACAGGCGACCACAUUCUUCACCUGUCCAUUCACCACCACGAUCUCCGGUCAUGGAAGAAAUACCAGAUGCAUCCAUACCGGUGGGCUUCCCUGAGACACAAGACCGACCUAUUCCUUUGGAGCCAAGAUCUCGUAGGGGGUGUCCGUCCAACCCUGAGAGAUGCCGAGCAUUCUGGACUCAUUCUCCGAAUGAGUGUUGGAUUCCAUAUCCUGAGCAACCGAAACGCCCAAAAGACCCUAUCGAGUGGCCAAUACAGGAGAUAGACGCUCCCAAAGGUAUAGAUGAAGGCGGCCCGAAUGGCUAUGUGCCGACGAUUGGCAUGACUGUAUACAGCUCCAGGCUAUAUGACCACUAUGGACUACUAUAUCCGAACACAUCGCUACACAAUUACUUGCAGCGGCUGCAAUGGCCCAGAAUUGGUAUUCGAAUGCCCUAUGAGCCGAUGACGAUCGAGGAUCUUCGUUUGCGAAGGGACGAUCAAGACGAAACGAAUAUCGACCUGACAGCUAGCCCUACGGGAGAAGCUCAGCCUGGAAAGGGUUCGAGAGACAACUACAUGGGUACCGAAGGUUACAACGAGCUUAGCGAUGCGCCAUCUUCAUUAGUGGUCGCAGGAAACAAACGAAGAAAGCUGGGGACCGUGGUAGCGAAGGAUGCUAAUCGAAGAGCUCUCUACGAAGUCCGAUCAAUGGCGGUACCGAUCAUCAACACACCACAAGAACCUUGGGCUACACUAAACGAUCCUAGCGGAGGCGAUUCUGGCGAUGGUGGCGAAUCCGACAAUGAGGGAGAUCUCUUCUUCAGAUCAUAUGAAGACGAGUGCUUCCCAAACGGCCGCAGCGCAACUAGCGUAUCACCAGUAACGGGCGAAGAGAGUGAAAACCCAGAAACAUCCCUAGAGGAUAUAGUCUCGGAAGAUAUUGCUCCAGCGGUUGUGGUAUCUGGGGAGGACAUCGAAACAGGCCAUGCACAAGAUUUGUAA